CAGCAUGAAGUGUCACAUACCUGAGAUAUCGUGGCACAACCGAGAUCCUGUGCUCAGUGUAGAUAUACAGUGGUCUGAAGGAGAUGUUCGAAGACUGGCAACAGGUGGCCAGGAUUCACAUGUACUGGUUUGGAGUGUAACCACAGCUGGUAACAUAGGUGUGGAAUGUGUUGCCGAUCUUAGCCGUCAUACAAAACCUGUCAACAUUGUCAGGUUUGCCCCAAGUGGUGAAAUUCUUGCAUCAGGCGAUGAUGAGGCUGCUUUAAUUCUUUGGAAGCAGCAGGAGAAGGAACAACCUGACAUUUUUGUCGAAGACGAAGUGCAGAACAAGGAACACUGGGGUGUGUUCAAAAUGCUUAGAGGACACAUUGAAGACAUCUGUGAUCUUUCAUGGGCACCAGAUAGCAACUAUAUUAUCUCGGGGUCAGUAGACAAUAGUGCCAUCUUGUGGGAUGUUCAGAAAGGUAAAAACAUAGGCUUACUCGCAGAACAUAAAGGGUUUGUUCAAGGCGUGUCUUGGGACCCCCUCAACCAGUAUCUUGCUACAUUAGGCUCAGACAGAACUCUGAGGAUAUACAAUAUUCAGACAAAACGGGUAGUUUACAAAAUCCAGAAAGCUCUCAUACCAUCAGAAAAGUCACAAGAAGAGAAUAAACCAACUCGGAUAUUUUACGAUGACACUCUGAAGUCCUUCUCUCGGCGACUUACGUUCUCUCCAGACGGAGAAUUACUUAUUGUCCCAACGGGAAUACUUGAACAAGAAGAUGGAAAAUUCUCCAACGCUGUCUACAUUUUUUGUCGCCACUCUUUAAACAGGCCGGUGAUGUACUUACCAACAGGUAAUAAGUUUACUUUAGCAGUACGUUGCUGUCCCGUUCUGUUUGAACUCAGAAAGAAGAGAAAGAACGGAAUUCUAUCACCUGAUACGGAGCAAGAGGGUUCAGAAAAAGAUAGUUUGUCAGUGUUUAGUCUUCCUUAUCGUGUGGUGUUUGCUGUUGCUACACAGGACUCUCUUCUGCUUUAUGACACUCAGCAGACACUACCGUUUGCCAAAAUCUCCAAUAUUCACUUCACUCGGCUAAGCGAUGUGGCAUGGUCUUCUGAUGGACUCAUGUUAAUAGCUUCAUCCACUGAUGGCUACUGUUCCUUUAUCAGGUUUUCAGAAGGGGAGUUGGGUGUUCCAUAUCAGAAGUCACACUUACCAUCUGGAGACAGCGCAAACUUUAAAGAAAGUACAGAAACGAGUACAACUGAUCCUACUGCUAUGACCAACGUAACAGCAUCGCCCACAUCGGAAGGAAAGAACUCUCCAAAUCGUGUAAACUCUGAACAGAAAUGUGUUGGAGAAAGUUCAACCAACCGAGAUGUUAGUGGAAACGUCACUGAAUCGUCGACAUUGAGUGCAGUUAAAUCAGAUAUUACAAUUACUCAAAACUCUCCAAAAAUCACUGAUGAAGUUGAAAGUAGGUCAGCUGUGCAAGAAGAUCAAGAACCAAUGGAUGUUGCUCCAAAUAAAGAAAACCAGAGCAUCAGGGCAUCUGAAAGUGUUUCUUCUGAUCCCCAGUCAUCCCAAACACGACAACAAGGGGAGAAACCCCCACGACGAGUUCAAUUAAUCACCUUAACUAGACCUGCAAGUAAACCGUGAAGUAAAUGGUAGUUUAUGGGUUUAUAAUUAGUGAACAUGUUAUUAACAAAAGUUUUUCAACGUCUAGAAGUUGGAAACCGUCACUGUUGUUACCUUUUCAUGUUUUUUUUAGUCUUUUUUUUUUUUUACCUUCAUUGAAUUUAACAAUUCUUAAGUGAACUUAGGUAACCUAAACUGCUUUGAAAAAGGAAUUUCACCUUGCAAGUCCCAGAGUUUAAUUUCAAAGGUAUUUAUUUCCAAGAAUUUUGUUUUCAGGCAGGUAUGCGAGCCAAGACAAUAGGUACAAGUCUCGGGAACAUGGAAAAAACACAGUAGAGAGAAAAAUAUUCUGUUCUCAUAAAAUUCAGGGAUUCCCAGACUUUUUCAGCUUAAGCUCUUACCACCAAAUGAACCCCAAAGAAAUGGAGUAACUUUAACGUACGUUAUUUUGUUGUUGUUGUCCUCACACUUGUUCCCUUGUAGUGUUAUAGCGGUAAAUCCAGUUAGCUGUUUUUGGCCUGCAUGAUACUAUAUUAUGACCCUCGGGGGUCGUAGGUUGACCUUUUUAAGUACAUUUUCUUCACCCUUUUCUGUAUUUCUUUCACUUGUUUUCAUUUAAAUCAAACCCCCCCCCCAAAAAAAAUUAUUACAGACCUCCUAAAAACUUAUUAAAGCCUAUAUUGCAAAAUUGGCCGUGUUCUUUUUGUAAAGAUUAUCUAUAAAACUUUUUUUUUCCAACUCGUGUUUGUAUUUUUACAUUUUUAUAAAUAAUAUGUUAAAAGUAGGAACUUGGGUAAAAAGAUAUGGUUAUGCAUUGUAACGUUAAACAAAUUUGUAAAUAUUCUUUGGAAGCAUAAGAAACCUAAUUUUAUGAGUAGUUCAAAUUAAGAAAAUAAUUGGUUGUUUGCCAAAGGAGUAGGUAACCUUUAAAACUUAUAUUUUUUUAAAAAAUGGACUGCAAGGCUUGUUAUAAAAACAUGCAUCAUCAUCAUUCUUCGUCUGAACUGUACAAGUCUCUCUUAUCAUCGUUCUUCGUCUGAACUGUACAAGUCUCUCUUAUCAUCAUUCUUCGUCUGAACUGUACAAGUCUCUCUUAUCAUUGCUCUUCGUCUGAACUGUACAAGUCUCUCUUAUCAUCGCUCUUCGUCUGAACUGUACAAGUCUCUCUUAUCAUCGCUCUUCGUCUGAACUGUACAAGUCUCUCCUGUAAAAGUAAGUGUACGUUCAACUUGGAAGUUUCGGGAAUAUUUUUUGUAAUACAGUCAAGUUUCUUUGACUCCUAAUAAGUUUGGACAUGAUAAAUGUUUGCUGUAAUUUAGUUUUAAACAAAACUGUUAAAAUUCUUCCACGUCACAUGUUUAUAUAAAUUAUCUAAAUCUUAAAAAGUAUGCCAUGUGUGUGUGCGGUGGAUUGUUGAAAAAAUAAUUGUAACAUUUUUUUUUUUAAGUAUCGUGUAUGAAAAUAAAA